AUGACGUCCGAAGGAAAACCAGUACCCAGUGUCACUAAACGAUUGCUCAAUUCUGGAUCCCAACUUCCAUCUUUUCGUCGAAACGGAAUUUUCUACGUUUUGCUUGCCCUCUUCUUGUAUAUUAUAGUCGUCACAAGACCCCAACAAACUAUGGUGUUGAGUAGAAUGAUGGAAGUUCCACAGAUUCAAAGAAUCCCAAGUAACGAUUAUCAGGAGAUUUCUAAAGUGGAGGUGAAAUCGAAGAAGUUGGAACAGAAGCCAGAUUGGGAUACGUUGGAUGGAAUUGGAUUUGAGUUUGAAGAGAACAAACCAAUCGUAAUGGAUCCUCGUUUCUACGACAUGCUAAAACUCCCCCAAUGCGAUUUGACCAAGGAUAAGGUCCCAUCAAAAAUCAAUAUCAAAGAGGCGAUGAACCAAUUUCAACAGUGUGUUCGACCGAUUGUUGAGAGAUGGAGAGGCGAUAUUAAAUCGAUGAACACCAAGUUCUCUGAAACUCGUCUAUGUGAGGCGGCAUUCAAGGAUAUGGAUGUGAUUCCAAUGACAAAUCUACAUGAGACUAAAUGGGCGAUUUUGCCGCAUUGUAGAGAGGAGAAUAUCAUGGUCACCAUUGGAAUCGGACAUGACACCUAUGGAGAGGAGAGAUUGAAUCGGCCAAAUCGUCAAUUGUACACUGCAUUUGGAAAAUACUUUCCAUUUGCAAUUGGAAAGAAACCAGGAUUCACAAAGUUCCGAGUAUUGCCAAAUCAAAAUCAGAAGACUAGAAAAUACGAAUUUCAAGAUGUCACUACCAUUCCAUUCACCUACUUUUUAUGGGACAUUUUGGGAUUGAAGCAAAUCGACAUAGCCUGGAUUGACAUUGAAGGUGGAGAAUUCGAGUUCUUGGACCAAUUCUAUCGAGGUGGACCAAUGGAUGAAAAAGGAAUUGUAAUCUGUCAAUUCAAUUUGGAAGUUCAUUCGAAAUUCAAUCCCCCAGGAGCUCAAGUUUUUCAUGAUUUCGUUUUUCGAAUCCUGGAUGAUAAGAGAUACAUUUUUACAAAAGUUUUGAAUACGGACGUUGGAAUUCAUCGAAUGUUUUUCGUAAAUGUGGAGGAUGAGAAAUGUGUUCGAAAGUUCCUUCAAUGA